AGCGGCCGCAGGAAGCCGGAAGCGGCUUUAGGGCAGCGCCAUGGCGGCGUUCCGGGAGCUGGGGCUGGCGCCGUGGCUGGCGGAGCAGGCGCGGCAGGUGGGGCUGAGCCGGCCCACGGCCGUGCAGGCGGCCUGCAUCCCGCCCGUGCUGCAGGGUGAGUGCGGGGCCGCGCCUGGCCUCAAGGACUGCGUGGUGGUGGGCGGCCUCGACAUGGUGGCCCAGGCCCUGGAGCUCUCCCGCAAACCCCACGUCGUCAUCGCCACGCCCGGCAGGCUGGCCGAUCACCUCCGCAGCUCCAACACUUUCAGCCUUAAAAAGCUGAAGUUCCUGGUUCUGGAUGAAGCCGACCGGUUGUUCGAGCAGGGCUGCGCUGACUUCACUGCCGACCUGGAGGUGAUCCUGGAGGCUGUUCCGGCACGCAGGCAGACGCUGCUGUUCAGCGCCACGCUGACCGACACGCUGAACGAGCUGAAGAGCCUGGCCAUGAACAAACCCUUCUUCUGGGAGGCCGUGUCUGAGGUGCGGACGGUGGACGAGCUGGAUCAGCGUUACUUGCUCGUACCCGAAGCAGUCAAGGACGCCUACCUGGUCCACUUAAUCCAGACCUUCCAGGACGAGCACGAGGACUGGUCUGUUAUCAUCUUCACCAAAACCUGCAAGGAAUGCCAAAUCUUGAACAUGAUGCUUAGGAAGUUCAGUUUUCCUUCCGUAGCUCUGCAUUCCAUGAUGAAACAGCGGCAGCGAUUUGCAGCGUUAGCAAAGUUCAAGUCCAGCAUCUUUAAGAUUCUUAUUGCUACCGAUCUCGCUGCCAGAGGCUUGGACAUUCCCACGGUGCAAGUUGUCAUUAACCACAACACUCCAGGCCUGCCGAAAAUCUACAUCCACCGCGUCGGCCGGACGGCCCGUGCAGGUCGGAACGGAAUGGCCAUUACGAUGGUGACGCAGUAUGACAUCCAUCUCGUCCAUGCUAUCGAGGAGGAAAUCAAAAUGAAGCUGCAGGAGUUCUCCGUGGAGGAGCGGUUUGUGCUUGACAUCCUUACCCACGUGAACGUCACCAGGAGGGAGUGUGAAAUUGAACUGGAGUGCAUGGAUUUUGACGAGAAGAAAGAAAUAAAUAAGCGGAAACAAAUGAUCCUUGAAGGGAAGGAUCCGGAUCUGGAGGCAAAAAGGAAGGCGGAGCUGGCCAAGAUCAAGCAGAAAAACAAGAAAUUCCGUGAGAAGGUCCAGCAGACGCUGCAGGAGCAAAAGCAGCUGCGGGUGAAGAGGAAACUGCAGAAGAAGAUGGAGCGGAAGAACAGACUGCAAGCUAAGGAGGAGAAAUAACAUCCUUUGGCCUGAUGCGUUCCCGUUCCUGGGGAGCGUGGGAGCCCUGCUGGCUGGCUCAGACUGCCCUAACGUUGCUGCUCCUUUGAGAAUUCUGGGAUCUAAGAGUAUUUAAUAUGGACAAUUCUGACCCAAAAUCAGUGUUGGGGAGUAUGGGGAAGGUGGGUGAGGGGAGAAGGGACACUUUGAUAAACCAUCCCCGUUACCAGGGCCUUUCCUGACAGGCUGGCUGUGUCUCCUGAAGAAUGUCUUUCAAGAGCGUGCUUCCUUCCUCCAGCAAAGGAGAGGCCAGACCUGAAUUCUUGGUGACGCGAAGGGAAAUAAAAAUCCUCUCUCUCUCCCCUUCAUUCAGUCCCUGCUCUUUCCCUUUCAAGGGCUGCUGCUUGCCACUCACACUUGUUUAUAUCAACAGAUUCUCCCCGGAGCCAGAGUCUAAAAAUAAUGUGACGGGAUGAAUUCAGCCCCGGCGUGUGCCAUAGUCCAGGGUUUUCUGAGAGGAAAAUUCCUGGAACACAUGGGGAGGUUGUACUGCGGUCCUGGGACUACCUUGUGAUAAUUCUGCUUUGUCUGUUUAGUGGCACUCUUCCCUCUGAUUUUCUGCCUCAGCUCCAACUACUUGGAGCUUAACCAUGGGGAUAGCAAAGUCUUGGGCUUCUCUCAGUGACCUGGCCUGCUGGGGACUCCUGUUUUUGCAGACGAUCAGUUCAAAGCUCUGUUCGGGUUUCAUCCUCGGUGCCUUCUUUAAUAUUCAGAGCUUCCUCUGCCUUGGGACUGAAGAGCUGUUAUUUCUGUCCCCUGGCUUACGAAAAUAGUUUCUAUGGUCAGCACCCAAAUAAAUACUUUUGCAACAA